GAUCCGGCGGCGGCGGCGGCGGCGGCGGCAGCGGCGGCGGCGACGGCGGCGGCGGCGGCUGCAGCUCGCGGCGCGGCCUUCCCCGCCCCCUCGCCUCCGCGCUUCCGCCGGCCCCUCACCCCGGCGCUGACAGACCGGCGCGCGUCGGCAGCAAGCAUGGGCGACAAGAAGAGCCCCACCAGGCCGAAGCGGCAGCCGAAGCCCGCCUCGGAUGAGGGCUACUGGGACUGCAGUGUCUGCACCUUCCGGAACAGCGCCGAGGCCUUCAAGUGCAUGAUGUGCGAUGUGCGGAAGGGCACCUCCACCCGGAAGCCACGCCCUGUCUCCCAGCUGGUCGCACAGCAGGUCACGCAGCAGUUCGUGCCCCCUACCCAGUCGAAGAAAGAGAAGAAAGACCGAGUAGAGAAGGACAAGAGUGAGAAGGAAGCUGCUAGCAAAAAGAACUGUCACAAGAAAACCAGACCAAGAUUAAAAAAUGUGGAUCGGAGUAGCGCUCAGCAUUUGGAAGUCACUGUUGGAGAUCUAACAGUCAUUAUCACAGACUUUAAGGAGAAAGCCAAGUCAGCGCCUGCGUCCAGCGCUGCUGGCGAUCAGCACAGCCAGAGCAGCUGCAGCUCGGACAACACUGAGCGGGGCGUGUCCAGGUCCUCCUCGCCCCGGGGAGAGGCCUCCUCCCUCAAUGGAGAGUCUCACUAACCGUUCUCGCUCCACUUAGUCAUGCCUGUCCUCCAUGGAGAUGCAGAGUAUGCCAACAACUACCACAUUUUCAUGACAGACACACUCAUGCAUAACGUAUAAUUUGAGUUUUACAUGAAAUACAAAUUUGCCAGGAUUUAUUAGAUUUUAUUGCAGUAUAAGCUACCAAACAUUUCCAGAGUUAACAUUUUGGUCUCUGCUGUUAAAUGCCAUGAAAAUGUGGUUGAAUUAUUCAUUAUGCAGUGUUAUUGGUAAGUCUAUUUUCACUUAUAGUUUAGUGAAUUCUAACACAUAAUUAUUGAAUUCUCUACUAUUGGCAUGUAAUGAGUUUAAAUUUUUUAUUACAUAGUGCAAGCUGCCUAAAUAUGUAUUAUUUGAGAAUUGUGAAACAAAUAGUUAUAUGUAUGCAAGUCAGAGAUCAACUUAAUCAACUAUUGCUGCAACAGGAUUUUCUUAAUGGUUAUCCUCUUAAUGCACCUGCUGGUACUUGGUGUGAUUAAAUAGGAAGUUGUUAUUAAAUAAAGAAUUUGUAUGAAUCUUUGCCAAUGUUUUUUGAUAUGUUUUUACUAAAUUAUUGUUUCUGAGUUAUGUUUUAUCCAUUUUUUGCAGUUUAUGUUUGUUAGUUUGCUUAUUUUUCAAAGCAUCAACUUAUUGUACUGUUCACUAGUAGACAGUACGACGUGGCUUGUUUAGCUUUCUGAUCAGGGUUAGCGCUGUUGUCGUUGAACACUGGUAUUUCCUCUAAGACAUUAGAGUUAAAGACGUAAGCAUCUGGCAGAAGCAGGAAAGAACUUGCCAUACUUGCAAACGCUGUAACUCAAUGAUAGUUUUAGCACUGUUUCCCUGGUCCAGCCCUACCCAGGGUCACAGACAUGUGACUCUAGUUGAUAAAAACAUGUAACUAUCACACAGAACUGAGGUGUCACUCCUGAGUCAGCUUAAUUGGCCUUUUACUAAAUAUAACAAUUCAUAUGGAAACUGCAGUACUCUAGUUCCAGAUACAACUUUCAAUUUAUGCACUUAUCAAUAUCUUGAAAUAACAAGUAUUUCCGGCCCACUCACGUAUGUAUAAUCACCAAUAAAAUAUUUUUAUGACUUAUAAUUUUGCAUUUUGUUUACAACUGAAUGGAGUGUGUUAUGUUGUAUUUGAAAAUACAUCUUAGAAACUACAUGCUCUGUCUUAUUCUCCUCAGGUUCUCUCGUUUUCUCUAGCCAUUUGCUUAAUAUAUACCUGCCUGGGGGGAGCUGCUGAACUGUAAAUGACCCUAAAGACAAAACGUAACUUGAAUAUCUCCUAUCACAUAAAAGACAUCAUGGCAACAUGUGAAGGACAAUCUGUGGUCCCUGACAGUUGUGAUACUUGGUUUCUCAUGGCAAUGUCACUGUUGAAAUGCAGUUCGUUUCAUUGGCACAGUGGUUCUCUUGUAACGUGCUGGUUGUGAAUAGUUUAUUGCAUACAGUAAAAACCUGUGA